CAUCAGUGGGAACUAUUAGGCGUUGACCUACACUAGAACAGAAUUUUGUUCACUAAUUAUUUGUAGUUUUUAAUAAUCAGCCAAGAAAUUGUGCAAUUUAAAGGACAUGGCUGACUCAGAAGACACACAGACAAGUAUAACCAGUACAAAUACAAUCACCACGCCGACACCUGCUACGGAUAAAGACAAAAUUUGUAUUUUGUUAAAUGCCACAGGAAAUGUACCAAUUAUAAAAAAGCGUACCUGGACCGUGGAUCCAAAUAAAACAGUUAGCUGGAUACAAAAGUUUAUACACAAAUACCUAAAAUUAGAUGCCAGCGAACAAAUUUUUCUAUAUGUAAAUCAAACAUUUGCCCCCGCACCAGAUCAGAUUAUAAAGAAUCUGUAUGAUUGCCAUGGAACAAAUGGCAAAUUGGUUUUAUAUUAUUGCAAGAAUCAGGCCUGGGGCUAGAGAAUUCGCCGUAUUUGACCUUUCCUUAAAGAAUUAAGUAUUUAUUUGUAUAUUAAACAAAAUGAAAAUAGUAAACAGAGUUGAGGCAUUUCA